AUGAAAAAGAUUAAGCACUCCACAGAGUCCCCAACCAAAUAAUAGAGUCCUCCAUAAUAACAGCAGCAUAAUUCACUAACUAAAUAAUAUACUACCAACUAAAUUGGUCUGAAUCAAUAAAAGAUUAACAACUAUCUUAAUGAGUAGAUAAGAAUCAGGUCUAAUAAAUCCUUCAGUAAUCUUACACUUCUUAAUUCUACUAUUCCCGAGUAUGAUUCUCCUUAAAGAAGGUCACAUAAAAUAAAUCUAAUGAAAGAGAAUUACUCAUCUCUAAACAGCAACAUCAACAAUAAUCAGAGUAAUUUUGUAAAUAGUAGCAUAUACAACAACAAUACCAACCCAAAUUCAUCGAGAGUAAGUGGAACCAAUGCAUUCACUAACAUUUCUUAGCCACAUAGAUUUUAACCUAAUUAACCUUCAAAUUCAAGAUAGCAAGAAGAUUAGCUUCUUCAAAACCCUAAAUAUUUACAGAUGAUAAUCUAAUAAUAACAAUAACAAAUAGAUCUAAUGAAGACAAUGCUUUAAAUGCAGCAAAAAACGUAGAGAGAUUCACCGAUUAAGACAGAUUAGUAAACUCAGAAACUGCGUGUUAAUAGUCAUAGUCUCAGUUAAAAUGUAGGAGUUAUGGAAAAGUAGUCUAAAGCAGUAUCAAGAAAUCAUAAAUCUAAUGCUUAUAAUUCUGCAUCUUAAGUUACCAGAGUUGAAGAAUUGAAUUUCAAGAAGGAUUCACCGCCAAGCAAGAAAAUUGACAAGAGCCAAAUUAUGAUCAAUAUACCAUUACAGAUGCCAUUUUCAAUGUAAAAAAGAGGAUCAUUAAAGGAAGUAAAGCAACCUAUUCUCUAAGUUCCUCCAAUUAUCUAACAACACUCUCAAACAGAAAUAUAAUCUCUAGAUAUAACACCUAUACUUGCAAAGAAAUAGGAUAGAAUUAGAACUGAUCUGCAAAAGAAAAAAUCUGAUGAAGAAAUAUUGACACCAUUGCCACUUUAACUAAAAUAUGAGGCUGAAAAAAAAGAUGUGAGUAUCGAAGUUGAUCUUUAUACUGAGAGCAUAGAAACAAAAAAUAGCUCCAUUAAGCAAAAUGAUCAAGUGAACUUCGUUGAAAGCGAAGUGCAAGUUUAAAUUGAAAUAGAAUAAGAAAAUUAAGAUGUCAAGCAAAGCCCUGGAAAUUUUUAGGAGGAUAUUCCUUAUCAAUCAACAAUUGAGGCAAGAGAAAGCAUAGAGAAAGAAUAGAUUGACGACAAUUUUUAAUAGGAUCAACCAAGGACCUUUAUUUAAGAACUUGUUUUAGAUAGCAUACCGAACUCACCCUAAUCUUCAAAUAUCGAUUAAAAUAUACCAUAAUUAGAAAGUCCAAGCAGAUUUAGGAAAUCAAAAGCGCUGAAACUUUGGAUGAGCAAAUCUUAAAAAGAUCUAAGAUUUUCUGAAUUCGACAAUGACAAAAAUAAAUCAAUAAGGCAAGUUAAAAAGUAACUUCCACAAAUAAAAGAUGACAAACAGCCUCACCUUACUAAUAGUAAUUUCAAAAGUACUUUGGCUUCUUAUAGAAUAACUUAGCAAGAGUCUGUCAACGAUUCAAAAAAUAGUAAAACAUAAGCAAAUAUAGUUUCUCCUAGACUUAGUAAAAUAAAUUCCUCACAUAAUAUUAAGAAAGUUGACCAUACAUAUUUAUAAGCCAAGAAAGAUCAAUUCAGCCCUCCUAAGAUUGAAGAAUUGAAAUAGGAAUAGAAAUAAGCAGUAAGAUCAUAGCCAUAGAUUCAGAAGAUACUCAAAGAAUCAAGAUCAACUGCAUAACUCUCAAUUUAGAAGGCAAGAUCAAGUCUUAUUAAUCAUAAAAAGAAGGAUUCCAAGUCUAAAGAAUAAGUUGAAUCUAGCUAGUAAGUUCUCUAACCUCAAAUAAUUCAUGCUACAUCAAGCUAAAAUAGAAAUGUUAAAAAGAUCAAUAUAAAUCAUGAAGUCUAGAAACUUUCUACUUAGAGAAACUCUAUAAUUUCAUCAAGAUUUUCAUAAAACAAUCAAAAUAUGAAAAAUCUUCAUCAAAAGACUAAAUCAAGAGAUAAUCAGAAUAUUCUAAGGCAAUAUAUGACAUAGUAACCUACAAAUAAUAGAAAAAUAGAAAAAGACUUGGUGCUGCCAAAUAUUAAAGAGUAAACUGAUCAAUAAUCAAAGCAGUAAAGAAAUAUAUCCAAAAAAAGAGAAUAGUAAGAUAUAAAUCAUAAAAAGAGUCCCUAAAAGUAAGUCAUAAGAAAAUCAUCAAAUAAAAUACCUCAUUCUAAGGAAUUAAGUCAAGGAAGCAAUAUCUAAUUUGACAUUGUUUAAGACUUUUGCAAUGCUUAAUGCUUCUAACCGAGAUAAGGAGUUGAUAUGCAAUUGACAUCAACACCAGAAAAUUUUGAGCUUUACGAGGAAGAAUUAGAGAGAGAGUUGAGGCUUGAGAAAUUAGAAUAGGACAUUCAAAGCUAAAAACAGCAAACUAUGAAUGAGCAAUUAAAAUCGAAAUAACUUGAGAACCAACUAAUCUAACUUUCAUCAAUUGACCCCUCUUUAAUUACAAAAUAAGGCCAAUAGAAUUUGUACAUGUGGAAGUAGACUUAAUUCUAGGAAGUGCAAAUAGAAAAAGAAUUACUGCAGAUUCACAAACGAGAUUUAGAGUAGCUUUAAAUUGAAAAUAGAAUAUAUUAAGAGGAACUUUAAGAACUUGAUCUAUAAGCUUAAGCAUAAUCCAAUUAGAUCUAGGAAUAUUUCAAUACUGUAAAGACAAAAAAUGAAGAAUUAAAAUAAGAAUGCGAAAAAAAACUGAAAGAGAUUUAAGUUAAGGAUAUUGCUAUUUAAGCAAAGCCAGAUAAAAUUGAAUUUAGUUAAAAUACUGAUAAGGCUGAAAUUAUGAUAUAUGAAGAGUCAAGAAUUAAGGUUUAUAAAUAGAAAGAUGAUAAUAAAACACCAAAGAAGAAAUCAUCAAAAAAAGUCUAAUUCUAGGAUGAUUUGUAACCUGAUAUUUUUAAUUCAAUUGAAAGCUAAGAAUAAAUCUAAAAGAUAUAAGAAGAACUUUAAAUUCUAAUGAAAGAUCUAAAUAAUGUUCACUUAGAGCAAUUUUAUUAUGAAUACCUCAUCAAAUAAUCAGAUAAUCCUCAAGCAAUACCUCCAAUGGAAUAAAUAGAUGAAGAGCCUGAAAUAAAAUCUGAAGUAUGUGAAAAUAUUGAAGUAAGCAGCAUAAAGGACGAUGAAAUUGAGAUAUAACAGAAUAUUUUAAAUUACAAGGAAUUAUCAAAUGACUUCGCAAUGAAAUAUCCUUCUGAGUAUCACAACUAAAGUUUAAAUGAGUAGGAUAUAGCUUACUCAAAAAUGGAUGAAGAUAAGAUACAGAUUAGCUAUGCAAGUGGUAAGCAAGAGAUCAUUUAUAAUAAUGGAGUUAAGAAAGAAGUAUGGCCUGAUGGAUAUGAGAUUAUAUACUUCAUUAACGAUGAUGUGAAGCAGAUUUACCCUGCCCAGUAUAAAACUGUGUAUUACUAUUUUGACUCAAAAGUGACUUAAACAAGCUAUUAAAACUCGGGAAUUGAAAUAUUUAGACAUGAAAAUAAAAUUCAAAAAGUCCACGAUGACGGUAAAAUAGAGACUUUAUAUCCAGAUGGCAAGAUAGUUACUUAAUAUGAGAAAAUAGAAGAAUAAGAUCAGGAAUGA